AGAGGCACCUCAUUCAAAUCUGGAGACAGCAGACUAUCGGAUCUCUGCCGACUAAUCCAGUACGGUUUUUCAACAUUAUAUCUUUAAAAUGUCUACCAAACAAAUUUAUUACUCUGAUAAGUAUUAUGAUGACGAAUACGAGUACAGGCAUGUUAUGCUACCACGUGAUAUUGCAAAGCUUGUUCCAAAGACCCAUCUGAUGUCGGAGGCUGAGUGGAGAGGUCUAGGAGUACAGCAAAGCCAGGGAUGGGUGCACUAUAUGAUGCAUGAACCAGAGCAACACAUUUUACUAUUCCGGCGACCAGUACAGAAACCAUUGCAAGAGAGCAAACAACAGAACUGUUGAUGUGUAUAUUAUGGUGGAUAAAAAGACUGAAAAAACUAGGAAGUAUAUUAAUUGUGUAUGAGUUGAACAGUGACAUUGACUGCAGUGUUAAUGACUUCACAAAUAUAUACACCAUCUGUGUUCACAGACUACCGAGUUUGUUAACUACACUGUAAUGCAACAAAAAAAUUAAUGCAAUGACACUGAAAGAAACCACAAAUCCCCCAUUUGAUGCUGAAUACGACUGAACAACACAUGGAUGAUUGACUAGAAAAAAAAAA